AUGAUGAAUUUAGAUAAAAGUAAGAAAGACUUAAUUUUUUCACGAUUUAAUGAAGAAUAUGAACCUGCAGAAUCUUCAGCAAUAUAUAAUUUAUUAAAUCCUAUAAAGGAAACAGAUCAGGAUUUAUAUAAUAUUGGAUGUAAGCUUGACAAUAGUUAUAAAAUGAGACAGAUGUUACCUGAAUAUAUUGGUGAAAGUAAUAGUAUUAAUAAGGAUGAUUUCUGUAGUUUAUUAAAUGAAUGGUUAAACAGCAAAAAAAUUGAAUAUAUAUCUGGAAAAUCUGAUUGUGAAAGUAACACAGAAUUAUGGGAACAAAAGAUUGAGAUAUUGUGGUCAAAAUUAAAAGAGAGUGUAGGUGAAGGUGAAUCGUGUGAAAGAUAUAAAGUUACCUAUAAUUGUUCUAUUUCACCUGAAUUUAAGACACCUAUAACUCUGUGUUUCAUGUUACUAGGAAUAUUUCUUAUUAUUUUUUUUUUUUUGUAUAAGUUUAGUCCCCUUGGAUCAAGGAUUCAUAAUUGUCUAAAUAGAAAAAAAAGAAUACUGCAGAACACAGUUCCAGAAGUAUCAUGUAAAUUAUUGGAAAGAUCGUCUGAAAAUGAGAUUUCGCAUUUCGAACGCGAAAGAAUUAACAUAGGUUAUUAUUAUUCAGGAAAUUAG